AUGGCGACCGCGGCGUCCAACCACUACCGCCUCCUGACGUCGAGCGCGUCCGAAGCGGGAAGCAUGCAGCAGGCGCCAGCGUACAGGGACGCGCCGAGCCUGCUGCACAGCGACUACACGACGCUCCAGAGCGCCGCCAACCCGCUCGGCCACGCGCACCAGUGGCUCGCGGCGCUCUCACACGGCGACGGCUCUCCGUGGUCCGAGCAGGACAUCAAGCCCGCGCUGCACGGCGACACCGACGAGCUCCAGCACUCACCGAGUCUGCAGCCGCAGCCGCAGCAGCAGCAGCAGCAGCAACAACAGCAGCAGCAACAGUCGCGAGCGACUCAUUUGGUGCACGAGGGCGCGCAUCACCAGGAUCAUCACUGGAGAGCGAGCACGACGGCGCACAUGGCCAGCAUGACGAGUUCAAACGGACCGAGCAUGAUCUACUCGCAGCCGGGAUACGGAGGGGAGCAGGGUAUGCACCACCAUGCCAAUGCCCUGAGCGAGACGCACGAGGACGAACCAAGCCCGCGCAUCAGCGAGCACGGCCACGCGCCCAGCCUCCGCCCGGGCCAGCACGAGCACUCGGACGACGACGUGCCCACAUCCGACGACCUGGAGCACUUCGCCAAGCAGUUCAAGCAGCGGCGCAUCAAGCUCGGCUUCACGCAGGCUGACGUGGGCUUGGCGCUCGGCACGCUUUACGGUAACGUGUUCUCGCAGACCACGAUCUGUAGGUUCGAGGCGCUGCAGCUCAGCUUCAAGAACAUGUGCAAGCUCAAGCCGUUGCUGAACAAGUGGCUCGAGGAGGCCGAUUCCACUUCGGGCAGCCCCACGAGCCUGGACAAAAUCGCAGCACAGGGCAGGAAGAGGAAAAAGCGCACCUCCAUUGAAGUGGGCGUCAAGGGCGCACUGGAGAGCCAUUUCCUCAAGUGCCCUAAACCCGGGGCGGCAGAGAUUAACGCUCUGGCGGACAAUCUGCAGCUGGACAAGGAGGUCGUGCGGGUCUGGUUCUGCAACAGGCGGCAGAAAGAGAAGCGGAUGACGCCUCAGUGCGCACCGCUAGCCGAAAACAAGGACGUGUACGGAGACACGCCGCCGCACCACGGCGAUCGGACACCAGUCCCGUGA